AUGCGACUCAAAUUGAAAUUUUUCGUACCAUUUUGGAUUCUUGUUUUUCUUUUUGUAUUGGAAACUUUCGCGAUUUGCUUUACUCAUUCACUUACGGCUCGACUUGCAUUAUGUGACACUGUUCUAUUGGUUAUUAUCUUAUCGUGCCAAGGAUUUGAAUGUGGAGAAAGAUUGCCCGUUGUACUACGAAUGUCAGGUUUAAUUGCUUUCGAAGGACUUAUUUUUGUGAAUUUAACACAUGCGGUGCAAAUGAUUAUCGAAAGGCAUGACGAAGGAGUUCACCUGAAAAUUUUUCGAUCGUUGCCCUUUCUAUUUGGAGACAUACCGAAAGACUUCAAAAUCGAUGACUUCAAAAGAGAAAUCACUGAAAAGUUUACGACAACUACAUGCGAUCACAUGCAUGUUUAUCGUCGGUGGCCUGGCAAUGCAUUUGAUGUAUUUUUAACGAUAACAUAUCGAUGUGAUAUGAAAAAAGAAGGAUGGAUUGAGACGGCGCAAUGUAAUAUUGUGCAAAUACAAAAAGAGGUUGGUUUACAGUGCUUUAUUUACUUUUCUCAGUUAUGA